ACAAACCACAGAUGACGUGUCAGUCCGUCCACUAGUCUCUUCCGCCUUCAAAUCAGUUUUCCGUCCUCUGUGUCCCGGACGGCGAACAGCUAUUCCUCCAACACCGUCUGCCGUAAUUUACUAACAACACAUUUACUACGAACAAGAUGAGUGAAGCUGUCGACACCUCGACGCUGUGUCUCUUCGAUGUGGACGGGACGCUGACUGCCGCUCGACAGAGGGUGACUCCCGGGAUGGAGGACCUUCUGCAGCGUCUGCGGCGGCGUGUUCGAGUCGGCGUGGUGGGGGGGUCGGACUUCAUCAAGAUCAAAGAACAACUGGGAGAUGACGUGGUAGAGAAGGUGGACUAUGUGUUUGCUGAGAACGGAUUGGUGGCCUAUAAGAAUGGACAGCUGGUAGCAGUACAGAGUAUCCAGGCGUACAUGGGGGAGGAUCUUAUUCAAGACUUCAUCAACUUCUGUCUCAACUACCUGUCCAAGAUUACACUACCCAGAAAGAGGGGGACGUUUAUAGAGUUCCGUAAUGGGAUGUUGAACGUGUCACCUGUGGGGCGGAGCUGCAGUCAGGAGGAGAGGAUAGAGUUCUACCAGCUGGACCAAAAAGAACGAAUCAGAGAGAAGUUUGUUGCCGUUCUUCAGGAGGAGUUUAAAGGCAAAGGACUGACCUUCUCUAUAGGUGGUCAGAUCAGUUUUGAUGUGUUCCCAGAAGGCUGGGACAAGCGUUACUGUCUGGGCCUGGUAGAGAAAGACUCCUAUAAAACCAUACACUUCUUUGGAGACAAAACUAAACCUGGAGGAAACGACUAUGAGAUCUAUGCAGAUCCCAGAACCAUCGGACAUGAAGUCACCUGCCCUGAAGAUACACAACGCAUCUGUCAAGACCUGUUCUUCCACUGACACACAACAGGGAUUAGAUUUCUAAAGUGCCAAAGGGACAGACUCUCUUCCUGCCCUACCAUGUGAUCAGGUGACCAUUAGGGCUAUUAUGGAAUUAUGGGUAAUGAUUCAUUGUCAUGCACAUGGCCACGUUUGUCAUAGUUGUCAUUUUUGAUAACUUGAAAAAAAGCUUCUAAUGCAUAUCUGAAAGUUAGCUUGGAGUGACCUAAUGCAUACAACACCGCUUUGGUGACACCUCUGUUUAGAAAACAAAUGGUUUUGUCCGCUGGGAACUUUUUUAUUAUAAACCAUUGUAUGGUAGUUAUGUUUUUCAAUAAACACCUUAGAAAACA